UCGUGACCUUACGUUCGGCAAUCCAAGAUGGCGGCGUCCAGGACGAUUUUAUCGGGGUGCAGAAGAUGUGUCCGCUCUUGGCUGGAUUCCCGGAGAUGUUCACCGUCCCUGUCCACCCGAGGCGUGCGGCUGUGUUCGUCUUCACCAGGUGAAGCAGAUUCAGACCCCUCCAAGCCCACCCCUCCUGACUUCUUUGACCCGGCGGUCCAGUCCAUUCUGGUGCAGAUCACGGGGGUGGACCUGGAGAAGGUGUUCCACCAGGUCAGGGCUAAAGUGGACCCUCCCACCUACAAACUCAUGACAGAGGACCAGCUCAAGAAGGCGUUUGGUGAAACAGUCCAGCGAGCGAGCGAGAAGCUCCAGAUGCCGCCUGUCCUGGGGGAAAGAGUGCCGAUCGACCCCACACCAAUAGCCAAGAACCCUGAACUGGAGGGACUGGACACCUCCAACUUUGUGUUCACAGACAUUUCACAAAACAUACCUGAUAGGGAAAGGUUUAUUGUGGUUCGGGAGCAGGACGGUAUUCUACGCCGUGCCACGUGGGAAGAGCGAGACAGACUGCUACAGGUGUACUUCCCAAAGGAAGGGCGCAGGAUCCGACCUCCUCCACUGUUCCAGGAGGACCACAUGGAUAUUGUCCUGGAGGCAGAUCGCCAUGUGGACCUGUUAGAUCUUUGUUGUAUCCAGUUUGAACCUGAUUCUCCAGACUUCAUCAGGAUCCACCAGCGUGUGUAUGAAGAUGUGUUCCAUGAGAAGAAGUACAGACUGCUGCGGUCAACGCGACACUUCGGCGGGCUGACCUGGUACCUCACACGUAACAGGAAGGUCGAUGACCUCCUUGUGGACAUGCUACAGCUGGACCUUGCUGAUGAUGCAGUCCAACUGGUGAGGUUAUACUGCAUGUUACAUCCUGACAGCCAAUCAGCUGCCCAGAUUACACAGAACAACCUGCAGGGAUUGGACAUCGUCAAGAUGUUUGCCAAGUGUGAUGCAGUAAAGGGAGGAGUUGUGGAGCUGGCAGUACAGGCCUACCAGGCAGGGCAGACAGGCACAGAACAGGCUGAUACAAGCUGACAUGCAUGACUGCAGUUACCACAAGUUUCACACGGUGGCUGUCAUGGGUAAUACAGGCCUACCAGGCAGGGCAGACAGGCACAGAACAGGCUGAUACAAGCUGAGACUGUCACAGAAAAGUGUCUCAUCAGAUCUACAUGUGUAAAGUAAAGAUAAACAUUCUUAUAGCAGUCAUCUUGGCUCCAAGGAAACAUGACUGUAGAAGAGACUCUAGUAGGCAAACAUAGAAGACAAAGACAAUAAUGCCUUCCAGAACAUU